AUGGCGACUCCACACCGUUACCCCGCGCCCGCAUCGACGGCGGCGCGCCCCGCCCACCGCGGCGCCCCGUCGUCGCGGCGGCGACGCGCGCCAACACCGGCGCCACGACUCGCGGCCCCAGUCUCGCCAAGUGGCAUCACUCUCCGUGAAGGGGCCCCGCACCCCCCUCGAGCCGUCGUCCACGAGCACCUGGACUGGAGCUGCGUCCGAUCGUCGCACGCGCGCGAAGAGAGCGGGCUGUGGCUCCCGGGGUGGCGCGGAGAGACCGAGCGGGGCGCUUCGACGUCGGGUCGCGCGGGCGUCGGGACCGAUCGUUCGGCUGGAGAACCGAAGGCGCGGGUGGGAGAAUCGCGACUCCACACGGGAGAGCCGGCGAAGGCCGGGCGCCGCGGGAUGCUCGCGGGCGCGGCGGCGCUCACCGCGCUCCCGAUCGCCGACCCAAAACCCGCGCGCGCGUUCAUCGACCUGCCCUCCCGCCUCCACAACCGCUACUUCCUGGUUCGGCACGGCGAGAGCACCCUGGACGUUCGCGGCAUGUUCCUGUCGAAUCCGUCGUAUAAAUACGACACCACCUACGGCUUAACGAAACGGGGCAUCAACCAGAUGCACGAGGCGGCGCGCGUCAUCAGCGACGAGUACGACGCCGCGCCGUCCUGGCUGUACACCAGCAACUUCCAGAGAUCGUUCCAAUCCGCGCUGAUACUUCGCGAGGACCUGGGUUUGCUGUUCUCGCAACUUCGGACGGAAUUUAGCGGGUUGCUGGAUCCUCGGAAGAUGGGGGCGCUCGACUUCGACAGCCAGAGUAAGUGGGACGCGGUGUGGGCCGGGGACGAGAAGGACUCGGGUAACACCCCGCCGCCGGUCCCCGCGUCGCUGCAGCCGAGCGCCAGCGUCGAGUCGCCUCGCGAUUUGUACAGGAGGGCUCUGGAGGCGUUUACUCGGUUGGAAGCGACGUACUUUGGCGAGGACGUCAUCUUGGUGUCUCACGCGGACACCCUCUCGCUGUUCACCGCGGCGAUGAUGGGCACCGACCUGCGCACGCACCACGGGGACUGGGGCAUGGAGCUGGGUCAGGUGAGGUGCGUGGAUUUGUCAGGCGACGACGGCCGAGCGCUGGGCGCAAACUUCAAACCCACGGAUCUCAGAGGCGAGUACGCCGUGGGAGACAAGGCGACCAACUACCCCUUCAUGCCGGAGGGAUACGGCACGGACGUGAGCGGGGUGUGA